AGUUUUGAUUUCCAUUUCCAAGAUGACAAGAUGACUUGUCCUUUCAGAGAGGUAGAAAAGAAAGCUGCACAACUCAUAUCAAAUUACACACGGGAUCCUCCACUGUUUUUACAGCUAAAGGAUUACUUCUGGGUAAAGACCCCCUCACUUUAUGAACUGCCUUAUGGUACGAAAGGAACAGAGGAAAUUCUCCUACGUCUUCUAGCAAUCACAAGUUACUCUCUUCCUGAAAGCAUUCAAAGCUUGAAGUGCCGGAGAUGUGCGGUAGUUGGGAAUGGCCACCGGCUGAGAAACAGCUCUAUGGGAGAAGUUAUUAACAAAUACGAUGUUGUGAUCAGACUGAACAAUGCACCAGUCCAUGGUUAUGAGCGUGAUGUGGGCAGCAAAACCACCAUGCGACUUUUCUACCCCGAGUCAGCACACUUCAAUCCUCAGACUGAAAAUAACCCCAAUACGUUGCUGGUGUUAGUGGCGUUCAAACCCAUGGAUUUUAUGUGGAUGGAGACCAUUCUCCAUGACAAGAAGAGAAUUCGGAAGGGUUUCUGGAAACAGCCUCCCUUAAUUUGGAAUGCAAAUCCUAAGCAAGUGCGAAUUCUGAACCCAUAUUUUAUGGAAGUUACAGCUGCUAAAGUGCUUAAGCUUCCAGUGAAGCAGUUGUGGAAGCUUAAACAGAAACCAACCACAGGAUUAGUGGCCAUCACCCUAGCCUUGCACUUCUGUGAUGUGGUACAUAUUGCUGGCUUUGGAUACCCCAGCUCAGACAACAAGAAGCAGAGUAUUCACUACUACGAGCAAAUUACAGUGAAAUCUAUGGCUGUGAGUGGGCACAAUGUCUCCCAUGAGGCAUUUGCAAUAAAAAAAAUGCUUGAAUUGGGACUCGUCAAGAACCUCACUUACUUCUGA